CUUGAUUAAAGUAGACUUAGGGACUUGAAAGUUGUGUAAGUAUUCGCUCUUCUAGUCUUACCCAUUUAGGAUCUCGUGCGUGCGAUUUAAAAAUGUACAUAUAAUGAAUAGAACAAUUUGAUUAAUAUAAAUGGUGAUUGUUUUACUGCCACUUAAAAAUUUAUUGCACAGGCGUGUAACCGACUAAUAGUCAUUGUACAUUACACUUUCGGCCAACAUGGCGGCUUCAUUGGGUCGGAUUUGUAAAUCUGGUCUUUUAAAAUCAAAUUAUGGAACAUUAUUCAGUCAGCAGGUGCAUAAUUUUUCUACUGCAAACCAGUGGUCUAGGGGUAGAAAAGUGUUGUUAACAUGUUUGGGAGUAACUGCAGGAGGUAUUAGUGCAUUAAUUUAUGCUUUGGAUCGUUCUGUAACAGCUUCAGAAUUAAUAGCCCAUCCACCUAAUUAUAAAUGGGACUUUUAUGGAUUUUUUAAUUCACUGGAUCAUAAAAGUAUGCGACGAGGUUGGGAAGUAUACAAAAAUGUAUGUUCAGCUUGUCAUAGCUUACAGUAUGUAGCAUAUAGAGAACUUGUUGGUGUUACUCAUACGGAAGAUGAAGCAAAAGCUCUUGCAGAAGAAAUACAGGUGCAAGAUGGUCCUGAUGAUACAGGAGCUUAUUUCAUGCGCCCUGGUAAAUUAUCUGACUAUAUUCCACCUCCAUAUCCAAAUGAAGAAGCUGCUAGAGCAGCCAACAAUGGUGCUUACCCACCAGAUCUUACCUUUAUUGUCAAUGCAAGGCACAAUGGAGAGAAUUACGUAUUUUCGUUAUUAACUGGGUACUGCGAUGCACCAGCCGGAAUUCAAGUGGGAGAAGGUCAGUCAUUUAAUCCAUACUUCCCUGGUGGAGCAAUUGGUAUGGCACAAGUCAUUUUCGACGAAGUCGUAGACUUUGAAGAUGGUACUCCUGCAACUGCUUCUCAAAUAGCAAAAGAUAUUACCACAUUCCUUAUGUGGACAUCGAAUCCUGAAUUUGAUGAGAGAAAGAGAUUAGCUAUCAAGGCUAUCAUUAUCUUUUCGACAUUAACAGCGUUAACAGUUUACUGGAAGAAACAGAAGUGGGCAACUAUAAAGAAUACCAAAUUACUUUACACGCCAAGAAAGCAGUAAUAACCUUUCAACGUACAAUUAAUUCAGCGAUUAGCUCAAAGAAAGUGAUUGACGAUGUUAGGCUCGUAUAUUGGAAUGUAGUUUUUUACUUUGUUUGGAAGUUACGGCAUUUAAAAGCGUAAUUGCUCUCAAACUGAAUAGACAUUCACUAAACACAUCAAUUGCCUUGUACAUAUAACUACAACCAAUGACUUCAUCGUCUGGUUUAAAUAAAUUGUUAAACUCA